ACUUCCUGCUUCGUCGGCCUGUGCUGUGCGCGCUUCGCACAGCUUAGGUCUACAACAGGGCAGUCUCAGUCUGACAAGUGUGGUGUUGUGGAGUCAGGGCUGUCAUUCAGCACAGAUUUCUUCCGUUUUAUUCAGGGGUUUGCAGAAACAUACAGGCUGCUGGGCAGUGAAACCCUCCACGAGUGUCGAAGAUGUCCGUGGCGGGGCUGAAGAAACAGUUCCACAAAGCCAGCCAGGUAUGGAGACGCAGCCUAUUAUUGCUCGAUCAUAACAAUUGUCAGGAUGUAGAUCUAUGCAGCUAACGGAACCAGGCUUCCUCAGAAAAGUGUAGACAGCUAAAGUCUCUCAAACCAGGAUGGAUUUUGGCUGCAAUUAAGACUAAAAACAUCUGAAGCUCGCUAUGACGCGCUUUAUUCAUUCACAAUGAAGAUCAGCAAAACAGAGAGCAGUCGGGGUGCAGGUUGAUUUUAUUUUAUUAUUUUUUACGAGCGUUUUGGGCACUUAAUUGUUGUUUCUGUCAUCAUCUUAAAGAAACAAACAUAUACCUGGUCACUGCUGCUUCAUCACAUGAUUUUCAGGGUGCACUGUCCCUUUUGAGUUUAUAGUCACUUGACCAAACACGUAAUAGAGAGAGCCACGUGCAGAUCUGUGCGAAUCAGUGACACUAGAUUAAAACUAUCUCAUUAUGGAUUUACUGACUUGAUGUCAUCCUCCCAUGGAUCCUCUCAGGUGACGUUACUAGUGCAUGUCCACAGGGUGUAGUUGUCGUAAAUCACCUGUGUGCACAGAAGGUUCUCCAGGUAGGCUAAUAUUAUUAGUCUUUGAAAGUGUGAUCAGGUUUUCUGUGGUCUGUGGGUGAUUCAUCUAUGUGGUGCUUAACUCUUGUUUGGCUUUAUGAAUGAUGUCGUUCAGAAUUUUAACACGUUUGUACAGCAGUCUAAUUGUUCAGUUUGAAUUAUUAUGUUCAGGUUUGUUUGCUUCAGUCCAAAAGUUCAAACAGCUAAGACCAUAGACUGUAUAUAGAAUGGACAGCGUCUGCCUCCUCGCUGGAUGAAGCCACUUCGAGAACAGCACCCUCUGGUGACAGGCUGCAGUAUAGGUCAUAAAUCCCGCCUCCUCCAGCAUUCUCUAUGGAGCUGUGGAAAAACUUUAGAAAUUUACUACACAGAAUGCAAAUGUUUCUCCCCCCUGCUUGCGAUGUUGACAUGUAGUUACUGUAAGACUGGUUUGUGCUCAAGUCCUCUUUUUUCUGUACAGCUCAAUUUUUAAAAGUUAUUAGGGGUUCAUGUUUUCUGUGAUUGACACUUGAUACAACCUAUGGGCGUACAAGGAUUGCGUAGCUCAACCGGGGGAUACACUGUUUGAGCCGAGCGUCAUCACAGUGACUCUCCCAGCAAAUGCAUAAUGCCCAAUGUUGGUUUCAGGAAAUGGAGAAAAUAUGUGGAAUUACGGAGCGCUUUGGCUUCAAGUUCAUAUACUGGCGGAAGGCGGAACCAAGUUGUCCAUAGUGUAUACAGCCUAUGGCUAAGCCCUGUUUUAUAAGUGAUUUGCUUUGGUCUCCAUGAGCUGAUCCAAAAUCUACAUUACAUUUUCAUUUAUGAUCAAAAGCUGUGAUUUUUUGUGUUUUCAAGAUCUGUGUGGCUGGGAAAAGUGGGUCUGGUGAGUUUUUAUCUUAUAAAAUGAGUCAAAAUAGUAUCUGAAGUUUUUUAUAGAUCUCAAAUAGUGAAAUUUCUGUGAAGAGAUAUGUGUGUGUGAAAAAGAGGACAGACAUGGUCAUCCAAGAAAAGUAUGGCAAACAACCAUCAAACAGCCAUGGAAAAUGCUGCCACAGGGUAUUAUGGGGCGGAUUUGACAGGUGGAAGUGUAGGUACGGGAGCUCAGCAGCUGGGUGUUGGAGUUUUGCUUUUGAUGGAUUGACUUUGCCAGACAGGAAGAUCCAUUCGAGCACAGAUCAUACAAAUGGUUUAAUAAUGCCAGUCAGGUCAUCUCUUUAAAGAAUUAAUAACAUACAUGCAUUAGUUAUAUUUGGCUCCUUGCCUCUCCAUGUGCUAAUGAAUGCCAAAGCCUACAGUGUGACCCUCCCUCGUCCCUGUUUCAUGUGCGUACAUGAAGAACCAGACAGGGAGAAUAGCAGCAGCAAAAAUCCCCUGACCAAACACACCAGGAAAACAACGCCAGUCUUCAUGAGCUCACAUGAAAGCAUUGGGAGGAAGAAACUUAAAAGGGGAAACUGUAGUGUUGACAUGAUAUGCAGAGGCUGAUUAAGUUUGGACCGCAGAUUUAUUAAGAAAGCUGGACCAGUUAUGUCAUACCAGCUAGCAAUUUAGGAGAACUCAUUACUUUAUAUUUGGACGGCUUGAGGCUCAUGUAAUAGGCUUUGAGUUCUUUGGCCUGCAUUAACAGGUCAUUGAUUUUUAAAACCAACACACACUGAGGCUCUGCAGUUGUAACACCCAAAGGAUGAAGACACCUGUUUCUAAAUAUAAAAGAACGAGGUGAUUGCUAUGAUGGUAAAGAAGCUUUAAGAUUGUACUUCCUCUGAGGACUGCUAAAUGGUUUCUGGUAGGUGUACGAGUGAAGAGAAGAAAAUAAACACAGCUCAAGUCAUGGUUCUGUCUUUUUUCUGUGAUCCGGAUCCUUUUGCCUAGCUCAGUGACAAGGCCCAGUCUUUCAGCAUCAACUGACUCACCACAGCACUUUUCUGUCAUGUGUUCAACCAAAUAGCAGAAAUCUCAAACAUCUGACUCCACUCGUGAAGCAGCAGAGACUUCUUCAUGCCUACUGUACCUCAGUAUGUUCUACAUUUAUUUCAUCCUGUGUUGUUGACCGAUGCUCUGCUUUUUGCGUUUUUGCACAUUGUGUAUUGACUUUACUGUGCUCUGGCUGACAGUUAUCCCUCCCUGCUUUGCUGGUAGAGGAAUCGCCUUUUUCAACCCUUUCUCAGUCAUUCCUCUGAAAUGAACAGAGAAGUGUUUUCCUGCUGUAGCUGAAGAGCCUGAAAGCAUCCAGGUCCUGCCUUUUUCUGUGUUGGUUGCCUAAAUGUGACGUGAGGCAUUUGUAUGGAAGUAAAAUGAUUGGGUUUUUCCUGUACAAUCUUCAUCAUAAGCUGGCAGGUAAAAACUAUGGAUAAAAAAUGACCACAGUUUUAGAAGAAACCCUGAUGUAUGUUGACCAUCAUGGUUAUCUCUGUCUGUAUUCACUGACGUAUGCAGUGAUGCGAUGGUGUGGCUCUCCUGCAGCCCUUAUAGUAAAAACCAAAACAAGUUCUUAGACUUUCAACCAGAUCUGACCCCUUUCUUGCACCAGCCCUGAACAAGCACCAGGGUGACUCUGGUGGGUCAGGGGUAGAAGAGGGGUUCGAGGCAUAACCAGCAUCCAUUUUAAAGUCAGCAGAGAAGCUGCUGACCCUGUUCAGCAUCUACAGCAUUCUACAACAUUUUCAUGAGAAAAUAAUUGUACAAUUUUAUUCUCAGAAAAUUAUUCUAUAAGGACUCAACUCUCCUACCUAAGAAAAUGAAAUUACUAUAUUUCAUAAUAUCUAUCUAUCUAUCUAUCUAUCUAUCUAUCUAUCUAUCUAUCUAUCUAUCUAUCUAUCUAUCUAUCUAUCUAUCUAUCUAUCUAUCUAUCCAUCUAUCUAUCUAUCUAUCUAUCUACCCAAUUUUUUUUAAUUCGAUCAUGGAGCAGUUACAACUUUGUCUCACUUUGACUUUUUCACUCUGUAUAUUUUGUUUGUUGAACCCGGAGGUUAAUGUCAGGUCAGAGUUUGUGGUUUCCAUAGUGAUAACAGUCUACCCUGUCCCCAGUCCAUGUCUUCAAAGAGGACACAGACAUCAGAACCACACCAAUCCCCUCACCCCUCCCCUGGCUGUCCGAGAAAGAAAGCCACCGGCAGCAGAUUGGGCUCAUUUCUCAAGGAGCCUAAUUUUACCCCCGCUCUGACCCACUUGGUGCCAGACCUUCCCUCUCUUGGCAGCACUUGUCAUGGAGCCUUGGACUCAGUCCAGACUCAGUUCAGCACAGUGUAGAUCGGGGUACAGUAGGUCUGAAUAAACUACUUGUGUCUGUUUUUAUAGAACUAGACCAACUUAAGAAUCAAGUGUGACUUUUUGCAGUGAUUAUAUUGCUGGUGUCAUGUCAGUGAUGCUGAAGUGAAACUACAGGCAGAAGGUUUUACACCAAACUGCUUAUACUUUUGUUCCAUGGAAAGAAACAUGAGCAGUUCUUACAUAAGGUCACUGCAAGUACAACUUCCACACAUUUUGUACAAAUAAAAACACUUUGAUAGUAUUUUAGUGCUUGAAGAAUAAGAAUUUUAAGGACUUUGCCUAAUAUAAAUCACCUUUUAGUUUUACUGAGAAGAUCAUAAAUGGUGACUGUGUUCAGAUUUCUAUGAUUUCUAUGUCAGACCUGAGUUUGGACAGAUUGUCUGCGUCUUUGUCAGGGCCGUUGCUGUAGGAAGCUGGAGAGGAAAUUCAAGACAAAGGAGUCCAACUGAGGGUCACAAAGAUACAAAAACUUGAACUCCCCUUACCGAAAGGGACCAAAGAUUAGAAAAUGUAGAGGAAGUGGUGACAUCUGUACAGAAGUGAGUUACGGCUCAUCAAACAGACACCUAUGUGGACAACCAGCGAGUGUCUGCAAAGGAGUUUCAAAGAGUCCCUGAAACUGAGAUUAGUUUAUAAAGUAUUCUGUUGGUUGUAAUAACCUUGUGUGUUUGUUAUUGUGAGGGAGAGGUUUAGUCUGUAGAUUUUCCUUUUUCAUAAUUUUAAUCAUCUUUGUAUGGUCAAAGGAAGUUCUUCCUCUCCACUGUAACUCUCUACAUGCUGGAGGCAUAUAGUGGUGCUAUAUAAAUAAAGCCUAAAUGAUUUAUUGAUUUCCUAUGAUAAUUUCUUUUAUUCUAUGUUAACCUGCUCUGUGUGAUCAGAUUUCUGACAUUUGUUCCUAAGAAAAAAAGGGUCUUCAAGUGUCGAGCAUGGCUGACUAAAUUAGAGGUGAGUCAUGAUAGGAGUGGGAGAAAAAAUCGAUACAGCAUAGUAUCGUGAUAUUUUGUUUGAUGAUAUUUCGUAUCGUCUAAUUUACCAAGUAUCAUUUUUUUUCAAAUGAUUUGUUAAUAUGAAGUCAAAUCUACGAUAAUGGAAAAAUGAAAUAAACUGUUUUUCCAGUGAGGUCGGCAGAGGUGACAGCACAGAGCAGAAGAAAGUUAGUACAACAGAUAUAUAUAUAUAUAUAUGUAAGGUUUGCAAGAUGUGCUACAUGGAAAUAAAAUAUUGUGUAAAGAAGACAAACAUAAAGGAAAGACAAAUGCUAAAUUAGCUAAACAGUUGUAAAAAUUGAAUACAUCGUAAUACAUCGCUAUACUCACUGUAUUGCAAGAUGUUAAAAAUCGCAAUAAUAUCGUAUCAUGGCCCAAGUAUCGUGAAAAUAUCAUAUCUUGGGGCAACUAGUGAUUCCCAGCCCUAAGUCAUGUCAUGCUUUAUCCAACACCACCUGUACUCUGAAGAAUCAGAUGAACAUGGACGGUUUCCCUUUUUUUUUUUUUUUAAUCUAAACUGAUGGAGUUAUGACAGAGUAGAUUGAAUCAGAAGAUUAUCGCUGAUGAAACAGAGACAACAGUGUCUGAGGUCAUGAUGAGACCCAGGAGCACUGCUGAUGGGUGUGAUGUACUCUUGAGAACUAUUUGAUUCCUGUGAGUCCUUUUCUUUGAGACUUUUAAAAGUCUAAGUUCAGGAGUUUUCUCUUUUUUCAUUAAAUCCAUGCCUCCCCUUGCCCAUGCCUCCAAGAGCCUCAUUGUUCAGCCUCUUGUUUGCUGAUCCAGCCCGGUUGCCUGGAAGCAGCAACACUUGAUCCAGUGCUGCUCCACUCUCAGGACUUUGACGUCUGUGUCCAGCACCAGUCUUCUUAUUUAGGGUUUAUGGGAGACUCUGGUGCACACGCUCCCUCUUCAUGUUAGGGAUAUUUCACAUUUUCAUAAAAAACUGAUUUUCUGUUGCACAAAUGGAUUCAACACUUUUUUUGGGCAGUCUGUAACAGCCGAGUGAGGUUGUGAUAUGUGGAGCUACAUUACAUGUGGGGUACCAUGCUGUUUAAGUAUGCAGAGACUGAACUGGGAAUUUUCAUUUUCAGAACAAGUGCCCAAGAGCCAUGGGUGAAAAUGAGAAUAGUCAAAGUGUGGCCUCAACAGUGUAUGGACCCCUUUAUAGCCUGUACACAAUGGCAAGUACAUAAGUAAUGUAUGCAGCUUGGGUAGAAGAGAAGAGGCCAAAUCUCCACUGACCAGAUAAACACACGCAGCUUAAAACCGAAAGUUAAAUACCUCAUGGACCACUGCUUUAGAUUUCCACCAUUAAAGUUUGGUGUGGACAUCCGGGAUCUUAUUUCAACCAGUUUCCAACUUGCUGUGAAACUGCUGUGUGUGAUAUGGAUGUGUGUGUGAAAUACAUAAUUUUGAUCAAUAGUCUAUUUUAGGUGUAAAAGGAAUGAUGAAAAUGAUAAUUACAACAUUUCACCCAAGGUAUUUCUGCGGUUAGUUGACAUAGGGUCUAUGCAAAGAUAUAAUAACUCCACAUUCGUAUUUUAUUUUAAUCUACUGCAUCAGGGUGUGUGAUGAUUGUUAGAUGGUGAAGGAUCGGAGCGAGUCGAUUAUCUGUGUUGGCAGAGCGGUUGUAGGUACAUUGCACUUCUAUGAGAGGACUUAAUGCACAGACCUGGCGCCUUGAGACAACGUUCUCCGUACUGAGUGAAUACUGGCAAUACCACCUUUUAACAGUGUUUCUGUAAGUUCUCAGUGUUUUGUGAUAAGCUGUAUGUUCACUUGUAAUAACCGAGCUGCAACCCUGAAAUGCUGACUAAAGGUCCUUACACACCAGGCUGACGCGAAUAUAGAACGCAAAAUUACGAUAUGUUCGGAGGCGAAUUUUGACGCGCCUGACUAUACACAUCAAGCCCGAUGCGAUUUUGUGGCUUUCCGGGGGGAAAAAAGACGCGUCCCGGGUGGAAGCAAGAAGACUGACACAACAGCAGGCUGACUGUUUUCAGUUCUGAUUAGACACUAGUGUUGAGAUGGCUGUCUGUCAUGAUAGCAUGUACUGAGUCGAGGUCAGUACCAGAGAAGCACAUUAAACUAUAAUCCAUAAACGUAAGGUAACAACCGAGACCUAAUGGUGCUGUGACAGCAACGCGAUUGAGUUUGAGUGAAAAUACAUAUGGUAUGUUGUAUCUGAAGAGGUUAGCUUAUGAGCUAAAGUUACUUAACACGGAUAAAAGUUAAAACAAAGACGUUUAGCAAACUGUUAAAGCACACAAACCAUCGUCAUAUGAGAGAUCCGACGCUAUGACUCUCCAUAGCGUCGUUAUCCUACGGGUCGUUAUCUUUGUAAUGUUUAUGUCUUUUAUCAAAAAGCACUCUGUUCUCCGACACGUAAACAAUCAGCUGGUCAGCCAUAUUGGAUAUACCGGUGAAUCUGACGCCGCAACAACACGCAAUCUGAUUGGUCAGAAGUGUACACACAGUAUGCGAAACAUAAGAAAAAUCGACCAUUAGCUGAAAAAAUAAAGCCGCAAUAUCGCAGGACGGGAAAAAAUAUUGACGUCCGAAAUAAUUGCACGACAAAAACAGUCCCGGUGUGAAAGGACCUUAACUCUGGUCAUUUGAAAGGGUUUGAGUUUGAAAUUAUGUAGAAAUUGGAUUAGGUUGUGUUUGGAGUGAUUACUCUUACCAAACAUGUAUCAUGCAGAAUAAAACUGUGAGAAAGGAGAUUAAACUACUGCAGCAGAUUUAUCCUGUAAGGAACUGAUACUUCAUUAAGCUCAGGUAUGAUAAGCUAGUGAUUUCUUCAUCUGAUGCAUCAUUAUUAUCAUUAUUAUUAUUUUCAUCUGCCUUUUCCAGAAUAUUAGCUGUUAUAUAAGUCUGUUGUUAUCUGAGAACUCAACCAUGAAAUACAUGAUAAUGUAUAAGGGAAAUUUGUGAGUCAAGACGCAGACUUUUGUGGAGUAAAUGAGCAUUGAGUUCAGCUUAGUCAUGUUGUUCCCAUGGGUGCAUGUUACAUUAUGGUUAUUGCAUGGUUACUCCAGAGUAUGAAUAGAGGGGUAUUUAGUUGCUAAAGCUAAAGUUAGUUAAAGUGGGUAAGCAGAGGUUUGCUCCAUAACUGGCGAACUGCCCCAGAUCUUACAGUCCACUACAGUAUUGGUGUACUCAGAGUUUUAAUCCUCUGGAAAUCUGCUGGAGAAUUGUGUCAGUGUGUCAAUCCACUGACCUGUUACUUUACUUUCUUUCAGUACCAUGGAGUAUGAGGGAGCAGAAAGCGCCCCUCAUCACUCAUUUUAAAAGUCUAUCAGGUACUCGGUCAGUAGGGACUAGAGUAGGGCUGCUCCAUUAUGGCAGAAAUCAUCAUCAUCAUCAUGAUAGUAAAAUAGUUGAAUUCACACCUACAUUAAACGUAUGUAUGAAACUUAAAACAUCUUUAAACCUGUGAACUCAUUAAGGGAAGCCAGCCUGUCCUUCUAACAGGAUAAACUUAGAAAAAUCAGAUGUUGCAGUAUUGAUCUGCUAUAGAUCGAUUACACACUGACUCUGGUAAUUUUAAAAAUGGUCAUUUAGAGACUGGAGAGGAGGCAAACUACAGCAGAGAAUGAAGACAACAUUCAACAUUUUAUGAAAAUAAAGUCUUCAGGAAAUAAAGUCAUUAUGUAACUAAAGUCGUCUAAUUCUAUAAUGAGACUAAAGUCAUAGUGAAGUCCAGUUAUUAAGUGAAUGACAUUGUUUUGAUGGGUUAUAAGGCCAUGAAAAUAAAGUCAUUACGUUACAGGAUAAAUUAUGAGAUUAACAGUGUUACCUAAAGAGAAUAAAAUCUUAAAUUAAGGUAACAAUUGGCUUAUAAAGCUGUUCUGAACACUGUGGUGUAAACGAUAACCACCACUUUUUCUCCAUAAAUGUUGACUUUAUCCUUAUGAUCUUUUUCAAAAUAGCUUUUUUUCUUAAAUGUGGCUCAAAUACUCUAUCAUAAUUAUUGUAUUCAAAACUUUUAGACGCUUACAUCUAUGCUUUUGUGCAAACCCUUUUUAUCUGGUUAGAGCCGUUGCUGUUUCUUGGGUUCUUCCUUUUGCAGCAGAGGACAAAAUAACGAUCUUCCAGCCUGUUAUACUAUCGUGUGAACUCUGCAGGCUUUAGUUUAGCUGUCUGUUGUAGAUCCAGCUCUGUGCAGAGGUUUAUAUUAUGAUAUAAAAUGACCAGAACAUCAAAUAACGGGUACGAAGAUGGAGUUUGCCUCUAGUUGUAAAGAGACGUUCAAUGAAGAGCUGUGAUUUACUUUUUUCUCCCUGUCUUUAUUUUUCUCUGUUUAGCUACUCAGUGAAAAGAUCAUUGGGGCAGAAGGGACAAAACUUGAUGAUGACUUCAUGGAGAUGGAGAGGGUGAGUUAUAGUCCUGAGGUCUUCUCUGCAGCAUGAUGGCUUUAUCGUGUCUCUUAACAUCUUUGUAUUCUCCCAUCAGAAAAUAGAGGUGACCAACAAGUCCGUGUUCGACCUUCUAUCCAAAACAACAGAGUACCUCCAGCCAAACCCAGGUGAAAAAAAAAAAACGGUUUAAAGUAAAGAAAUGUAUCUGUCCUUUUAGCUUUAACUACAACACAGCUGGAAAAUGAAUCUUAUCAUUUCCUCUGCAGCUUCUCGAGCCAAACUGAACAUGCUGAACACUGUAUCUAAGAUCAGAGGGCAGGUGAGGACUACCGGCUACCCUCAAACCAAGGCCAUCAUGGGAGACUGCAUGCUGCGCUACGGCCAUGAACUGGGAGAGGACUCUGUCUUUGGUAUUGUUCUUAUCUCAGAAAAACGUGUCCUUUCAGGAUGUACAUGUAGGCUAUGUACUGUCUCAAUGUCCGCUUUCAUACAUCAGUCACACUGUCUAUUCUGAAGUGGAAGCAAACUCUGAAAUUAUUGUUUUAUGUUUAAAAGAGUCAAACUCACAACAUAGUGUGUAUACAAUAAAUACAUUUAUCAAAUGAAUAAAGCAUAAAUUUUAUAUAGGCUCAGUUUAAAUCACAGAAUCCUCUCACCUUAUAAAAAUACACAUUUGAAGUCAUUGAAGGGUUUUUUUUUUUUCAAAUGCAGAUGUUUGAUAAAAGUAGAAGUAGACCAGAAUGAGGACAGUGUUUAUUGAAUGUAAAACUGAAUUUGUAAUGUAAAAGGCUUAGUGUAGAAAGUGAAGCUUAUGUCAGUAUCUGCCCAAGGACUCUGGAUGAAAUAUAGAGAUCAUGCUCAGUCUGGCAUAUUUCUAUCCUGCUAAAAUGUUGAUUAAUGUCCCGAUUAAAUAAACUCAGUUUAAAAAAGCCAAACCUGAAACUUUAGCCCCUCUUGAAGGAGUCCAGAGCUCUGCUGGGAAGCCUGCAGUCACAGGUGUGUUUGUCUGUUUGUCCUGUAGGCUGUGCUCUGGUGGACACAGGCGAGGCCAUGAAGCAGAUGGCUGAAGUGAAGGACACCCUGGACAUCAAUGUCAAACAAAACUUUAUUGACCCUCUGCAGAAUUUACAGGACAAAGACCUCAAAGAGAUCAUGGUACAUCACAGCAGUAGCAUUUAGUUAUGUCAGUGGAUGGUAGUCAGUGUGGAGAAAGUACAGUUUGAGUUUUACAAUGCUGACAAGGUUUUGAUGCACAGACAUGUGUGACAAUACAACCAAGGUGUGACAACAUUUAUAAAGCACAUUUAUAUUGCUUACAUUGGUUAUAUUGACCGUAACCUUCUUUCACUUACAGGUGGCACUGAUUGUGUAACACCUGUAUUAUACCUGUUCAUUUGAUUAAAAUCGGUCUCAAAAAGGUGACCAAGGAGACUGUGUUCUCAUCAGCAAAAUCUGUGGACCAAAUAGAUUUCAAACUUUUGCUGAAGCACGUCUGAGAAACCCAGUUGUGGCUUUUUGUACCUCCCACUGUCCGGGAUAUUAAUUAUGAUUGAUAAAGAUUAAUUUACUUGACUAGAUAGAUAACAAAUGUUAGUGCCUGUACGAAAUGCUUAUGCAAUUAAAAAAACGAUGUCUGUUUCCCUGAUAUUCACAGCACCACUUGAAGAAGCUGGAGGGCCGACGGUUAGACUUUGACUACAAGAAAAAGCGUCAGGGAAAAAUUCCAGAUGAGGAGAUCCAGCAGGCUGUGGAGAAGUUCGAGGAAAGCAAAGAGCUGGCCGAGAGGAGCAUGUUCAAUUUCCUGGACAAUGACGCAAGUCUUGAGUUUUAGCCCUUCGCAUACAUAUAUUUAUACAUAUACACACAUACAUGUUCAUUCUAUCAAUCUAUCAAUCCUCAAAUAGUUUUAUUUAUAUGACACCCUGUCUGAUGUAUGUGAGACAGUUCAUUUAAAGUUAUCUGUCAUGGCUCAAGUUUUCAUUUCUGUUUAUCGUCAUAAUUUGUUACAGACUGUAAAGGUUCAGAGCUUUUUUAACGGUUGUCACUUUGCUUGUGGUUAAGCUGAAGCGUGUGUUGUGUGUGUUCUUGGAUUGUGGUCAACAGGUGGAGCAGGUGAGCCAGCUGUCAGCUCUGAUCGAGGCAGCCGCAGAUUAUCACCGGCAGUCGUGUAAAAUCCUGGAGGAGCUACGUGGAAAGCUGCAGAAGAGGUGAGGAGUUUGUAUCUCCACAGACCCUGCAGAAAAGUAACAUGUCCACAUAUGCUUCAGCAUAUAAAGACACUGUACAGCUGUUUAGAGACUGUCACUACAGCUAAGUCAGGACUCAGUAGGUUAGUCUAGAGCUGCAGAACUUACACUUUCACUGAUGAUCUGCAGUGUAAACUUCUAUUUUUGUUUAUUUCAUGAACAUGUGAACUGAUAACUUAGAUGCUGGCGCCCAUUCUACACUGAAAAAGAGAGUAUAUCUGUACUUAGUCUGGUAUUUGGUGUAACUGAAUCCCCCCAUUACACUGAUAUUAUAUUUUAGACUGAUGUACUUUGUAUUUUAUAUGUUCAGUUUAUCACAGUGUAUGAGUAAUUUCUUACUGAGUAGUUUUACUUCCAUGUACAUCAUCAGAGUAACUGUACUUCUACUAAAAUACUCUGUUCACCCUUCAGGGAUAUAAAGAACUUCUUCUCCUUUAAAACUCUGAAUCUCUGACUUGUCUGGUGAAUUUUAGAAACUCUGAGUUGUUUAUUGUUUUAGUUAUUCAAAAUCUUAUAGCACCACCUGUCUGAUCAGUGAUCACGCCAACAGAGACAGAAAAAUCUAGAAGCUUCCUGAAAGUAGAAUUUGAGGGAGAGUUGUUGUACUUUAUUAGAUGUUGAUCAUAAAGUUAUGGCUGGUCAGUGUAACAGACUGUUAUGGUGAGGAUUGUUUUGAGAUGAUGAAGUUCCAUCAUACUGUCAAUGGAAGUAACAGGUCCAUGGCUCCGUUUUUGGUGUGAGACCCCUUCUUUGCCUCAUGAAACCUUUUGUCUUUGCCUUAAUCAUCUUCGCUUCUCAGGAUAUCCACGGCAGGCAGCCGGCCCAGGAAACAGUCCAAGACAAAGUCCAGUCAGAGCAGUAUUGGGACCCUGGACAACAGUCAACACAAUGGCCUGUCCUGUAGGUCCUCAUGCAGAUCCACUGGUAUGUAGUCACAUACAGCUACAACAUGUUUGUUUGUCAUCAUUUUUGCAUUUGGUCUAGUUUUACCUGUUGGCCAUAGAGUGUUUUUUUUUCUUGUGUUAUUCCUGAUCAGAUAUCCAGACCAAGCACACAGUCAACGGGACAAGUAGGUAUCACUCACUACAGUGUGUGUCUCAAUGUCAGUCCUCUUUCCUGCUCCUCAUUCAAACUGUUUUUGUUUGUCUGUGUCACUCAGUCAAAUCCAGAGACAUCUGUACACCUGACAACAUUAACACAGUUUUUAUCAACCUAAAGAUAACAGGUUUCAUCCAUCAGUAUCCUGUUUUUCUUGAGUUUGAAUUUGAUGAAAAACUCCUGACAGUUUUAUCAAACUGGAAUCUGAAAAUGCUCUUCUGGGGCCCACAGAGGGGCACCUGUGGGCACCUUGUCAGAAAGAAGAAGGUCAGAAGAAGACCACACUUUGUUUAAAGCCACAUCUUUACAUAAGUGUGUGAUGGUGCUCAUGAGAAAUGCAGUUUUUAUCCUGGAAAGUAGAACAUGAAAACUCUUCAGAGUGCCUUUAGAUCCUGGGUGAGUGUUUGUGUAACAGGGGUCAGUUAUGAUGUUGUGUGACAGUGAGCUCAGAUCUUUUCACUUCGUUGUUGAUGUGGUCAUGUGGUUUUUUUGCUCUUUGCUACAGUUUACAGUUACAGCACUCUUGCAUACAUGUUAAUAACUGCACACACAUUUACUAUAUAAAAAACACUGCUGCCACCUGCAGGUGAGAGUCAGACACAACUCACUCACAUAUUAGACAGAGUGAAGGUAGUAAAUUAAAAUUAACUUUCAGAAAGAUUUCCUCAUGUUGUCUGUGUUUAUUGUUCUGUCUCCAUCUCCAUUCAUCUUGUCAUCACACCCAGCUGGUGAUAUAAGCUCUGAUCCUCUGUCACGACCUGAGAGCCCCUCUGCUGGUGGGAAUAUCCACCGUGAGUAACACACACUGACUCAGCACUGAUUUCUGUUGUAAACCUCCCACCCCUGAGACACAUGACUCACGUGUGCUCACUAAUGUCUCACCCUAAACAGCUGAUAACACGUGUGGACAAUAUCAACUUUUUAUUUUAUUUAUUUUUAUUGUACAAAAGCUUAUACAACAGUGUCAGUAGUGACUGUGACUUACUUAUGUUGAAGGAGGUCUUGGAGGACACUGUCAGUAAAGAGCAGUGGCUUCAUAACUAAUGGGACAUACUGAGCGUUAGGUAGGGCUGGGCGAUAAACCGAAAAUUUACCGAUACUGAAAUUUACAACAAUGACCUACAUCAUUUUGCCCAUAUCGAUAUAUUUGGUGUCAAAUAGAUAAAAACAUAAAAGUUGGUGUUGGAUGUAUGUAGGUAGGCUAUGGUCGCAUGUCCCUUUAAGACGCUGUACUACGUCAGAGACGUGACUCCACCCCCAUCCAGUCUGUAACAAAAAGGGAAAGACAGGUGAGGAGAUGGAGGACGGAUCAAAAGUUGUAGAGACUGAAGUAGAUGAAGUUAAUGUGGGAGGGAGUGAGCAGCUUGUGGAAUAGUUAUCGUCUAUUUAUCGUUGUCGAGGUGAACUGCUCAAUAUAUCGUGAUCGUGAUAUGAGGCCAUAUUGCCCAGCCCUACUCAGCAUACUCAGCGGGUUUCCUCAUCUUUGUUUUUAAAAGUAUUUCAGUUUUAGGAGUUUUAAAACAUUUGUAGAGGUCAGCGGUUUAUAACAUGCUCUUAUUUUAGGAUCCUUGUUCAUGUGAUUAUUAAUGAGGAUAUUGUUCAGCUAUGGUGUGUCUGUACUUCAGUGAUCAUACCAGUGCAGAAGCCUCCUCUCAUGAUAACUCUGCAGAAGUGAGUAUGUUCAUUAAUAACUCCUUUCUGUGGUGCAGAGCUGCAUAUGUUGGACCAGCCGUGCUGCCGCUCCCUCUAUGACUUUGACCCCCAAAACGAGGGCGAGCUGGGCUUAAGGACAGGAGACAUCAUCAUCCUCACAAACCAGAUAGAUGAGAACUGGUACGAGGGCAUGAUCAACGGAGAGUCCGGCUUUUUCCCCAUCAACUAUGUGGAGGUCAUUGUCCCACUGCCACAGUGACGACGGGCACAUCGAGCCCUUUGUACUGCCACAUAACACCCAGCUGUGUCCUCAGUUUGACCCCGGCUGAGGGGAAAAGCACAAAGCCAGUUCAGCGCCAGGCUGGAAAAACUCUAAUGAUCUAGAGAAGUUGUAGACUUCAAAUCAGAUACCAUGGACUCCUUGUGUUUUGUUGACCCUGAAGCCAUAGAUAAGCUGGACACUUUUCCUUGUUUCCCUGACUGUGGUUAAAUGUGUAGCUUUAUCAAACUAUGUGAUCCAUCUUACCAAAUGAUGCUGCUUCCUGUUCAUACUGUUUAUUGUGGUCAGAUGUCUGUCUCUGCCUUCUCCCCUAAACGUGAACUGCAGGACAUUGCUUCAAAUACAACCCCAGUCACAAAGGAGCUGGUACACAGUGUGAGAUGUAGCGCGCAACAACUACCUGAUGAUUAUUUAUGGGUUUAGAUAGUCUGCCUUGACCUCUGGAUGAGCAGGUAGGGUCCCUUGUGUCCUACCCGCUCAGCCCCAAACAGCAAAGGCUCAUUUAGAGGGACUGGCUGAGGAGACUAGGGCGGUAGAGUCAUGGGACCGAGGUCACACCCUUUCUGCUAACUGACUGAUAAAAUGUCAUCCAUCCCUCAGGUUGGUACAGACCACAGCCAGACACCUCUCGAGGAAGUGUUUGUUACUUUAUCCAGGAGCCUUAUUUGUCAUCAGAGUUGUCAAUCAAUCAUCAUUUUCAAAUCAUACAACAAAGCUUGUCAGAAAAAGGCUGAACUUGGGAAUAAUCAGUACUGAAGAUAGAGACAGAAACUUAAAAGUUUGACCCUGGUUUUAUCUGUUGACAUAUACGGAGAGCGAGAUUUACGAUUCAACCACAACAGUAUGAAAAAUGAGCACAUAGUAUAUGCAAAUAUUUAAAACACACUUAAGCCUCAUUCUUGUACAGGCUUAAUUAUUUACUUAGAGUUUCCAUGUACAAUCACAGAUUAUUUAGGGCAGCUAAAAAUCAUUAUAAAUUGUCUAAUAACAAGCUCCAUCGGCCGCUCUGGUUUCUUGCCUCAUUGCACUGUUUCCCAUUUGCCAUGUUGUCUUAAAUGAAUCUUCUAAUCAUUGUAGGCUUCAGCUUGGUUCGCUUGGUUAGUGUCACUGCUCUUUUGUUUUCUGUUUUCAUGUAAAGGCUCAGCUCCUGGGCAGUGAAAGCCCCGGUCUCACAGAAGUACAGCCACAGGUGCCUGAAAGCCUCACAUUCCCCUGAGAUCGUGGCAGACAAUAGUGUCCGCUGUGAUCCAGGCUUGUGUUGUUAUUGUUCACGUUCGUGUUUACAUCCUCUCUACUGUUUAAACUAACAUGAGAGCCACACAGAGCACACGUUGAUAACCUGUUAGCCUUCUCUCUCUCUCUCUCUCUCUCUCUCUCUGUAUUAAACUUCAGAUGUUUUGCACGUAGACAGAAUAACUCAGUCAUUUCCUCCGACAGUAGAUUGUUUUUUUUUAAACCUUUAUUUACAUGUUUUAUGUUUUUAUUUAUAUUUCUUGCAUAUGUAGAAAUUUGAAUCUUUAUUGUUUUUACUUCUAAACUCAGGACAAUCUCCUUUUCCACAGCACAGGUCUGUCAGUCCAAUGAUAUUCAUUGUUCUUCUACUGUAAAGGCUUUACAGAGUUUUAAAGUAGUAGGAGUUAUAAAUCCAGAUGUGCACUUCUGAAGGGCUCAAGAGUAAGCAUGUUAUUGUAUUUUUAAAACUCAAAUGAAUAAAGUUGAAAAAGAAUAAAAACUGGGGGUAAAAUAAACCACUUUCACUUACUUCGAGAGGGUCUGAUGUUUCUCCAGUGUUUUCUUUUUAAUGGGGUCAAAAGGAAGAUUGGUAACGCAUUAUUUGACGCCUAGCUCUAAAGCACAUUAUAAAUAUAUGUAUAAUGCAUUAUAAUGACAUAGCACUGCAUAACUAUAGUUAUAAACACUCAUAAAUGAUCAUAAUGCUUUAUAGCAACGAUCAUAACACAUUAUAAAGCAUUUCAUCAUGACUUAAGAGACCAGGUUUUAUAAUGUGUUAUAACUGUUAACAACAGUUGCAUUGCAUUAUCUAUGUGGGCAUUAUCAGUGAGUUGUUAACAGUUAUAACACAUUAUAACACCUGACCUUGUAAGUCCUGAUAAAAUGCCUUAUAAUGUGUUAAAGUUAUUGCUAUAAAGCAUUAUGAUCAUUUAUGAGUGUUUAUGACUAUAGUUAUACAGUGCUAUAACGUGAUUAUAACACAUUAUACAUAUAUUUAUAAUGUGUUAUAGAGAUGGGCAUCAAAUAAAGUGUUACCGUAAGGUUCAACAAAAGAAGAUCUGAGUUCAGAGACAGGGUGAGACACUAAGCCGAAUGUUAAAUAGUUGAAAUGUUGACAGUGGAAAUGUGCUGAUGUUCAUUCUGACCUUUCUGUGGAACAUUGGAGACAUUAGACAUAGAUGACUGUGUUAUUUAUCUGCUGCUUAGGCUCUGGCGUCUCAGUAGAUCUGAUUGUUUUUUAUAGUCCCCAGAUCCCCAAGUGUAAGUCGACAGGAUGGGAUUUGAGAAUUGGUCCAUGAUUGUCGUUAUUAUUAAUGACAAUCAUAGACCUCAUUUAUAGGCCUUUCAAACAAACAGAAAUAACUGAGUGCAAACUGGCUUUUCAAAUUUAGUUUCAUUUGAUUUGAUUGAUCUGCUUUGUCGAAUGAAUUUCUCUGAGACACUAAACUAAGGUUCUAUCUGUAGCAUGCUUCAUGCAAAAGGUGUUUUUAAGGUAAUGAGACUGAAUAUAUUGACAAAUAUAUUAUAUAAGAGAGUAGAGUUUAUUUUCCCAUGUACCCAGCUGACUUUACUAAUAUUAGUGUCUGUUACUGUUCACAGGAGUGUUCACAGCACAGCAAAGAUAUUUUACUCAAUAGUUGUUUCUAAUUGUUUCAACAGUUUAGAAAAGUGUUUCAACAAAAACAGAGAAAUGCUUAUUUCAGCUCAGAGUGGACUCCAGCUGACUAUGGAGGACAAACAGAGACAGAAUUAAAUAUAUAAAUACAUCUUUCAAUAAAUUCUUAAGUAUAUCAUUAAUUAAUUAAAAGGAAAAACUAAAUAAAUAAAUGUGUCGUUAAUUUAUUUAAUUAAAUAACAUUUCAUUUAAUGUAAACAUAACAUAUAUAAUUGUUUCAUAGACCUGUGUUGCAGUGCUUCAUGUAUUUACUUUCUCCGUCAAACUUGCCCAUUAAAGUCAGUGGGCAGAUCCUAACACCUGAUUGGUUACCCGGCACAUCAAGUCAAGACAGAUCGACUUCAGAUACUGGAUUGAUGCAGCCACUCUAUUGUGAAUAUCUUGGUCAGAGAGUGUGGGAAUAACUCCAGAAAUGACACCUAAUUCCUCUGCUGUACAUACUGCAUGCUCUUGGUCAGCGUUUCUCUAAAUGUUCUUGAAAUGUCAUUAAUAAAUUAAUGACACAGAAUGAAAUAUAUAAAUAUAUUUGAUUUUGUCUCUUUUCGUCCUCCAUAGCUGACCCGUGCUUCAGCCAAAACUUUGAGAUUAGCUUUUAAACACUACAGGGUCUAAUUAUAAAACAUCUGUAUAAAAGGAUUGAUGUCUUUGGCUUUAAGGACAGUUUCAGAUGCAGCAGGUACACACAGCCAUGUAAACUCCUUCAAUAAUCCUCAGCCUGUGUAGUCCACAACAGAAAACACCACUGCUGUAUUCACUGAACUUUUUAAAGCUUUGUUAUUAAUGAUAGUUUUACACCGUCACACGUCCUGAAGUCUUUAAUCCUGAAGUCAGUUUGUAUCAUAUCCAAACCUCAGCACUUUUCUGCUUUGGCCCUCGGACUCCCCUCUUACUCUUCAGAGGCUGCUCCUCUCCUGUGUGGAAGUCUUGUCUCUUUGGUUGCUCCAGUCUUGUCUUUCUAACACCCCCGAUCUCCCCUCUGCCACAGUUCCCAGCACAGGUCCAGUCAGGCUGGUGCCCCCCCACCAGAUCCAGAGUCGGCAGGGAAGUGGUGCUGGUUACAUCUCUAAAGCCCAAAGAGGGUGAGAGAGAGGGGCUGUCUGGCAGAAAGGUUUCAUAUCCCCCCCUCAUACCUGGACACCCUACCAAGGACUCCCUCUCCCUCAGCUUCACUACCUGUCGGAUCUUUUUCCAGCCCAGGUGGUUGAGUUCAAGCAAAUUAAGAAGGAUACAGAAAAUGCCCACACAGAACAUGAAGAGCAGAAAGAUUGUUUUCUCUGUGGGCCUGGAAAUGUAGCAGUCCACCGGCUGGCUGCAAGGAGCUGAGGUACACAGAAAAUGGACAGGAACCUGGAAGCCGAACAGCUUCCACUGGGCUAAGACAAAGCCGACCUCUAAGAGAGCCCGUAAACACACAUGGAAGACGUAACAUUUAGACAGAACACCCCCAGAGACCACUUGAGCUUCAACACUGCUAUCUCCUGAUGUACAGGCUCUGGCUUGGCCUAAGGACGGCAUGUUGUUUGUCUCCAUCCUCUGGAGGCUCUGGGUUGGGAUGCCUUCCAGCACAUCUGCCAGGCUGUGACCAAGAUGCUUAUGUGAGCGGAUGGAACAGCUGUCUGAGUCACAGCUCCGGUCAUACACCUGCUGUCCGCCGUCCCCUCCAACAUCCUGACCUCCAGGCCUUGACGUAACCCCCGGUCCUUGGCCCUGUCUCUGGAUGGUGUUGUGAGGCAGCUUCGACAGGUUGUGCCAUGUAUAGAUGAUAAAGCAGAGGGAUGGUGUGGAGACGCUGAUGAUGUGAAAGACCCAGAAGCGCGGUUGAGAAAUCGGUGCAAAUGCAUCGUAGCAGACAGUGGAGCAUCCUGGCUGCAGGGUGUUGCACACAAACAUUUCCUGCUCAUCAGUGUACACAUCCUCGGUUGCAACUGCAACAAUGAGCAGCCGAAAAAUAACCAUGACUGUGAGCCACAGGCGUCCAAUCAUGGUAGAGUGGUGGUGGACUGCAUCCAGCAGUCGUUUGAGGAGAGUCCACUCCGUCAUGGUGGCCUGUGGCUGCCGGCUGCCUCGAGGAGGGACAAGCUGCCUGGAGAGGAGCAGUCUGCUCUGGUUUGAUCCACUGCUCCUGUUCUCAAAUAACUAUCUUUUUAGACUCGAUCUACACUUUCCCAUCUAAUUUACACAGGCUGUGCUGAACGUAUUCCUUAGAUUUAGAGGCUCAUAUUUCCUAUCGAUGAGCUAAAGUUUCUGUAAAAAUCAGAGGACCAUCUUUCCUGGUAGUAGACUUCUCUCUGCCCGAAUGUUCUCCAGCUCUGCCUGGCUGCUGUCAGAAUAGUGGAGCCAUUACAACAGAGGACCAGUCCAUCUUUUCAAGAUAAGGAUGUUCACUUGACAUGAGUCACUUGGCACACUCACUUCUCUGUUGUGUCCAGGAUCCAUUUUAAAACUGAGACAUCAGCCUUCCUCUUCUGGAGGAGCAGCUGAUAGUGUUGACCGAUAAAACAUUCUUCCCAGAUUAGUCCUCUGAGAGCUAAUGGACUCUGUCUUCUGAUGAAGAGGCAGCAUUUACAUUAUGAGCAUGCUUAGUGUCUCACUGCAAAUAGAACUGCUUUAAAAAGUGUAAGUUUGUGUUGGGAUAUUUGUCUGAACAAGAAAUAAGAAUUCAGCUAAUGAGAAAAAAGCAUUACAACCGCUGUCUGGUUCAGUUUUUUGUUUUCUCCUCCAGCCAGCCACUCGCUAAUCUCUUAUCUGUGUUUUAAAAAAAGACCCUUGAAAGGUCUGCUAGCAUCAAAUCGUUUGUCGCCAAGAUAAAACACUUAGCGAGCCCUUUCCUCACUUCAAACAGCCCUGGCAAGACUGGUCUGAGUCCCUGUCCUGGUCUGAGUCCCUGCUCUGAGUUACUAAUGAAACAAGCAACAGUGUAGCAUUGUGUACAAACUCCAGUCACAUGUAGGAUUAUAUUUCCCAGAUAAAGUGCUUAUUUAAUCAAUUUACUGUGUGAGAUAUACAUAUCUAUUUUUAUGCGAAUCUUUGUGUCAGAUCAGUAUUGGAACCCAUAUAUAUUAUCUGUUUAAAGUAGAGUGUUCACCAUUUUCAGACCUAUUUUCCUUUUUUUUUUUUUUAUCCAUCUUAUAAACUUUGCCAUCAACUCAUUUUCCGGUAACUCAUGCGCUUACAGUCUACUACCACUGUGAGAUUUUUCUGAAGGGAUACAGUCUGAUUUCCAAAGUAAUUAUGUGCUUUUCAAAGCUGCUUUCUGAGGGAAUGAUGCACUGGACCACUCCUUUAGAUAGAGC